GAAGGUAGAUGAAGGUAGGUGAAGGUAUCUAUUGUAAACAUCCAUAGACUGUAUACACCAACCAAGGCUAUCAUUUUUACAUUUUAGUCAUUUAGCAGACACUGUUAUCCAGAGCGACUCUACAGUAGUGAAUACAUACAUUUCAUUUCAUGCUCUACCAACUGAGCCACAGGGAAAACCAAGGCAAUGAUAAUUGAUGUGUGGGGUAUUGGCACCACCUGGUGGCCAUCAACAGUAUUAAAGCCUUCCGCCUGCGUCACACAAACCAAGGAAGUUGGAAAAGAGUUGCCUUCCUGUGGAUGAUAAUGGUAGUCCUGUCAGACAGAGUCAAAUGGGAACACAAUAAGCUUUGGCAGCGGCACCACAGGGUUAGUUAUACAAAUCUUUGGUGGCACUGCACAUUAAAGCUAAAAUCCAGACAAUGAGUUUACAAUAAUGUGUCUUAAUAAACACAGCAAGGUUUCUUUUUUUUUAAAUCUUUUAUCGUUUAAAACAACACGGUCCUCGUCUACAGAUACAUGAUUUAGUUAAUAGUGGAACCUUUAUAUGGAAGAGUGGGCAGCCGACCGGACCAAUAACAGAGGAACACAGCUGUCGCAUGAAAGCAGAGUAUGUCGCUAGACACUUUUUAAUACAAAUGCUGUGUGUUUCUUUCUGCUUUAUAAACCUUGAAGAGCUAACCUGUACGACUUUUUAAAAAAAAAACACACACCAUGGAGUCGAAAGGGAUGUCGCAACAUGCAGUCAGUUCAUCAGUAGAUGUUUCUCAGAGUGUUGAGGAGGACCCUUUAGUGGAUGGACCGCUGAUCUCCCAUGAUGCCCUGCAGUCUGCUAUCAGGAGAGAAUCCACUUCUCUCCCCACACACUUUCCUGCUGUCCUGCUGCUGUUGCUGCAGGUGGUGUAUGUGUCUCUGAGUGUGUGUGUUGCCGUGGUGUGUGUGUUGGAGGUUGGCCGGGAGGUGUGUGUCCGAGCGUUGGGUGACGUUGGGGGGCGGAGUGUGGUGGUGAUCGGGAAGGUGUUUGUGUGGCUGUGUGUGUUGUUGUUUUGCGUGUGUGUUCAGUAUCACCACGGCCGAGUGAGGAGCAGAGGGUUCCUCCGUUUCUAUAGAGACAACCGCACGCUGAAACACCUGCCUUUCGUUAUCCACUCUGCAGGGAACACGGCGGUGUUGGUGGUCAUGUCAGCUGAUCUGUCAGAGGCGAAUCAUCUUCCUGUUUAUCUGCUGCUAGGGAUUCUGGGACUGGAGCUCCUGGUCUCUCUGCCUUGUCUGGUCAUCUACACAGUCAGGGUGGUGAGAUUCAACAGAGACAGAGCUGGUCCAGAUGUCAGUCAGGAGGAACCAUCUAACUCCUACAACACUACUGAGACUGGCUUCAGGGAGGGCUCCAGUCUGGAGGAGGUGGUGGAGAAACAAGCUGAUCUCAUCGACUACCUGAAGCACCACAACACCUUAUUGAGCAAGAGACUGCUCAACAUGACCACACAGCACUGAUGCAACCACCACACAACCAUAAUACAACCACCACACAACCAUAAUACAACCACCACACAACCAUAAUACAACCACCACACAACCACCACACAACCAUAAUUCAACCACAACCAUAAGACAACCAUAAUACAACCACCACACAACCAUAAUUCAACCACAACCA